ACGACGUCACUGAAACUUGUAAAAGGCUGGUGCUUUCGAAAUCGGAUCCAAACUUAAAAGAGGAGAAGAAGAAUGAUCGGAGUCGGAAAGAUGAAGCAGUACUCUAAUGUCCUCGACAGGCCUCUCGGCAAAGGCAAACAAGAGGUCAGUUUGAGCGCAUUUGCGUUCUUGUUCUCGGAGCUUGUGCAGUAUAAUCAGACACAAGUUGACAACAUUGCUGAGCUAGAAAGAAGGCUGGAAGAUGCAGGCUAUGCUGUUGGAGCUCGAGUUCUGGAGCUUCUUUGCCAUAGGGAUAAGGGAAACAGAAGGGAGACAAGAUUGUUGGGUAUCCUAUCUUUUGUGCAUAGCACAGUAUGGAAGGUGUUAUUUGGAAAGGUAGCAGAUUCACUCGAGAAAGGCACUGAACAUGAAGACGAGUACAUGAUUAGUGAGAAGGAACUCCUUGUGAACAGAUUUAUUUCAAUUCCAAAGGACAUGGGAACCUUUAAUUGUGGAGCUUUUGUUGCUGGAAUUGUCAGGGGUGUAUUGGAUGGUGCUGGUUUUCCAGCUGUGGUUACAGCUCAUUUUGUACCAGUGGAAGGUCAGCAACGACCUCGGACAACCAUUUUGAUAAAAUUUGCUGAAGAGGUACUACGAAGGGAAGCAAGGUUGGGUUGAAGUUAAGGCCACAAUCAUCACAUCUUACUUUUCGCUUAAGCUUCUCCUUAUAAUGAUUGAAGAUGGUGAUCUUACAUUUGGUUGUCAAGCAAGUGACUUUUCACCUCGAAUCAUACAUGUGUAAGCUAUUUCAAUAUGCUGAUAUGAAAGUAGCAAAGAUUGUAAUUUGUAAGCGUAGGUGUGAUCCAAUGAGGAGAUUAUUAGAAAAAGCACAGGGAAAGAAACAGAUACAGAUG